GGCCGGCAGGCGCCAUGGAGGACGUCGGCUCGAGCGUGAACGCGGACGCGGAGGUGCGGAAGCUGCAGGAGCUGGUGAAGAAGCUGGAGAAGCAGAACGAGCAGCUUCGCAGUCGCCACGGCGCUCUGCCCGCCGCCCCCGCCAGCCCCAAGCGCCUCCUCGGCGGCGGGGCCUCCCCUUCGCCCCCCGCCGCCGCCUCUCCGUCCGACGGCCGCUGCCUCAGCCCCAGGGCCGCGGCGCGGCGGCCACCCCCCGAGGAAUCCGGCGGCGGCGAGAGCGACGGCCCGCCGGACGACGCGGCGCCUCUCCGGCCCGACGAGCUGGAGCGCCUGGCGUGCUGCGAGGAGGACGAGGCCAGCUGGUUACACACGUCUCCAAAGAAGAGACUGACUCCAAUGCAAAAAUGUGUCAGCCCAUUAGUUUGGUGCAGGCGGGUGUUGGAUUACCCAAGUCCUGACAUUGAAUGUGGUAAAAAGUCACUGAUCCACAGGCUGGAACAGAUGAUGUCAGCUGUGAAGAGACAGAGUUUCUACAAUAGUCCUUUCAGUGCAGUCAGCUAUGCCAGCUCCUAUAGUCCAAAUACCAGUAGCCCCUACAGUAGUGGUUUCAACUCUCCCUCCUCAACACCGGUGAAAUCUGCGUUAGUGAAACAGUUCAUAUCUCCGGGUGCCUCAGGUCAUCUUAAAAGCUCAUCUGAUAGGAAUCCUCCACUAAGCCCACAGUCCUCUGUGGACAGUGAAUUAAGUGCAUCAGAGAUGGAUGAAGACUCUAUUGGGUCUAAUUACAAGCUAAAUGAUGUUACAGAUGUGCAAAUUUUAGCACGAAUGCAGGAAGAAAGCCUCCGGCAAGAGUACGCAGCAUCGGCUUCUCGGCGUAGUUCCGGUUCUUCUUGCAAUUCUACCAGGCGAGGCACAUUCAGUGACCAGGAGCUCGAUGCACAGAGUUUAGAAGAUGAAGAAGAUGGCACACAUCACACAGUGCACCCUGCUGUCAGCAGGUUCUCACCGUCACCUCGUAGUUCUCCCUGGCCUUCACCAAAACAGUCUCCAAGGAAUUCUCCUCGCUCCCGAUCACCUGCUCGAAGUAUAGAAUACAGCAGAGUGUCACCCCAGCCUAUGAUCAGCCGUUUACAGCAACCUCGUCUUUCACUUCAAGGCCAUCCUACAGAUAUGCAGACCAGUAAUGUCAAAAGUGAAGAAAAACUAAGGCGUAGUCUUCCAAACCUGUCCAGGACAUCUAACAUCCAAGCUGAGUCUGUGAAAAACAGCAGAAGUGACUCAAACUUCCAAGUGCCAAAUGGAGGAAUACCUCGCAUUCAAUCUCAAGCCUCAGCCACUCUGCAAAGGCAGAAAAAUUUGCCUCGCGCUGCCUUCAAAACCAAACAGUUUCUUCAAACUCCAUCUGCAAAAGGAGUACCUUCGUCAAGUAAAUUCCGCUCACCCGCAGCGCCGUCUCCCCUUGCUCUGCGGCAGCCGCUGAAAGCGUUUGGUAACCACGGACCUGCUUCUGUUGCUCCUCUGGAAGCCACGCAGCUGACACACAGCAGUUCUUCACCGGGGCCUCUUGCAGCUCAGAGUUCAGGCUUGCCCAGCCCUGCCAGCGGUGUUAACAGCACCACCCUCACCAGGCCGGCGGGGACAGCGGGGAUGAGGAGUGGUUUGCCCAGACCCAGUGCCCCUUCCACGGGGGGCAUCCCAGUGCCUCGUAGCAAACUUGCACAGCCUGUUCGCAGAUCAUUACCUGCUCCCAAAACCUACAGCAACAUGAAAGAUGAGAGUUGGAAAGAUGGCUGCUAUUGAACUGCAGAGCUUAAUGCAAAGUUCCAGUGCUCAUGGAUGCUUCCUCACCAGGCUAACACACAGCUUGAUUCUACAGACUGUUCAGAUGUGACUUUUGGGAUUUGUAUGAAUUCCAGACCUCUCUGUCUCUAAUUAGCACAAGCUGGCAGAGAUUAUAAAGCAGCACUUUAAUGACAUCUAACAUCAGAUGUUUGGUGGUCAUACAAUCACUUUCACAUUAAAUUGCUCUCAGUUAUGUUUUGGGUUUUUUUUUUCUUGCUUGCUAAAAUGGGUCAAUGUGAGCAUUUAUGACAGCGGCCAAUGUCUGGGCAAGAACCUAAUGAAUGCCAAAGAAAUGCCCAUCUUGGAAAACAGCAAGGACAACAAUCACUUAGGUUUUCCAAAACAUCCUCUUCAACCUAUUUUAAUUCAACAGAAAGGUUGGAAAUACUAAUUAAAACAAGGCUACGUUGAUAUUCUGAUUGCAGACUGCUACAGUGCUACUGAAAUAUUGCUGUUAACAAUUGAAUGAGAUUCUCAUUGGGAAAAGUGGUACAUAUAUCCUUCAGGGAGAAUCAAAAGCUACUCUGGAAGAUCAGGCAGAACAGUAAUGAGUAGCCAUGGCUUUUAUUAAUGUUAAAGGUUUGAAUGUAGCAGACGUACACAAAUGCAAUAGUAUAGAUUGCAUCUUUCCUGUGUUGAUUUAUCAGCUUUACAUGCUCUUACUGCUUGAUUGCCAAAAGGGCUUAGCAUCAGUUGUACAAUCUUUCUGACCUUAAAGUUCCUGGCUCAGGAAAGAUGGCCUUUGCUGUUGUAGCCACAUUUUUAACACAUUACUCACUAUUUGGGGAAAACUUUUUUUAUAGCAGGUUUCCUUAAAAAGGAACAAGCAAGUAGUAAUGUUCAUUCAUUGUCAUACCAUACCACUAUGCUUGCAGCCUGGAACACAACUGUAAAUGCUGAUAGUAGAGGAGAAGGAAACACAACUAUGCACUUGUAACAUACAAAUUUUAAGGUAAUGAGUUGACUCUUGAUGCCAAAUGAUAUUCAUUUAGGUGAUGUUCCAUGGUAUGAGGGAGUUUUCUGUAUCCUAUUUUUUUACUUUCAUCCAUUUCUUAAAUUGGUUUAUUUUAAAUUGUAAAUAUUUUUACAGAAGAUAUUUCCCAUGUAAGUAAGUGUGUUUUAAAUAUGUACUUUGCCUUACAUAUGUGUAUCUUACAUUACUGGUAAUAGAGUAUGAAACCUGCUAUGUCUGUUUACAAGCUCUUAAAUUUCUCCUGUGGCUCUGACGUGUUCUAACACUCAUGUUUUUCUCAGAACAACUCAUUAUAUAAUUAGCAUUUGAACCGUCAUUUUCUGUUUCAGAAGACAUCCUACAAACACUUGUAACUAAGGUCGUGUUUGGUGGGACAAGUUAAAUGGAAGGGAUUUUGUUUGAGGCUUUUUCAGUGUGUUGGAUGUACAGUCAGUGAAAUAAUGAAAGGUGAGUGGUAUCCUUUGUGCAACGACUGACAAACACUACAGGUUGGAUCAGGCAGCAGAUAGCCUUCAGCCCCUGAGUUUGGAACUGCUGGUGUAUUUUGACUCCCACCAAGAGGAUAACUAACCCUGAAAUCCAUGCACUUGAGUUGUAGGCAGGCGUUUGCAUAUUCCUGGAUAAAAAGCCAUGCAAUACUACUUGUGUUGGAAGAAGCCAAACAGAAAGUAGCAGAGACUGAUUUGCUCUUAAUUACUCAAGCAGCUGUAGGCAAGCUAUGGAGUGAUGAGUGACUUCAUGCUCCAGACCAGUAUCUGUGCUGAGACUUUGCCAUUGGUAUCAAAUAUACUGUAAUUUGUAAGAUUGCAGCAGAAGUCACCUGCUGAAACAAGCUGGUCUUGCGUUCCUGGCACAGGCAGCGGAUGUCAGUAAGUGUCGCACGUGGCUGUUAAGUAGAAGAGGUCAAAUGCACCUGUUCCCAAAGACAGAAUUUUUAAUAUGUCAGCAUUUUACAAAGCAAUGCUGCUUCACUGAAAAAAGAGUUUACUUUUAAUUGGUGGAUUUUAUUAAACACCUUGGUUGACUUUUAGAAGUCCAUUUAGAGGACAAUACUGGGGUUUUACCAUGGCUGCAUCAAACUGUUUUGUAAGUUUCCUUAAGUAAUUUGUUACUUGGCUAAAUUCAGCUUCACUUCUUAAGCAUUCUUUUCUCUGCUGUUCUACUCCCCCUGAAAUACAACAAACAGCUUCCUGAAAAGACAGACUGUCUGUUUACUAGAAAGCCUUCGUGCAUUACCAGUUUAUUGAUAUCAGGAAAUCAUGGGGCUCUGUGUUUAGAGAUUUACUGCAGAAGUGUGGAAAUAUGGAUUUGAUAAACUAGUGCCUAUGAUUUACUUAACUUAUGUUUGAUAUAGUAGUAAGGGUUUUAUGAAUGUGGAUUACUUUUUGUGCCAACAGCUCGGAAUUGUUGUAUGUAUGUAGGCAGAAAGACUCAUUCUGCUUCCAAAGUUAUUUAAUUUUUUUUGUUUGAAUGUUUUUGUAAGUGUUAAAGUGUAAAAAUAUAUAAAAUAUUCUUACCACAAAA